ACAUCUCGUCGCUUAUGCUGGAGGAAGUCCCAGGGUUGGGUGCUCCCAGCGCCCGACUGACGAGGAGCCACGCGGCCUCUUGAUUUCAGUAACGGUCUCCAGGAAGAGCACUUGGCUGUCAUGGCCCAGGGAAUUGCCUCCCCGGUUGGAUUGUUUUCUGAUGAAGAAGCUGGUAUCUCUCCUGUCCUGGAAUCCACCGCAGCAGAAUGUGGACUGCGGCGAGCUCUUUUGCCAGAUUUCUCUGCCAUCUCUGCAGAUCAAGAGCAGACUGUUUUCAGAGACAAUGGAAAGGUGAAGGUGUAUGCAAGAGUGCGCCCACUGAAGCCCACAGAAAUCGAGAAGCAUGAGGAUCAGGGCUGUGUCUGCAUCGAAAAUGCUGAUGCCCUUCUUCUCAAAGCACCCAGAGAUUCCUUUACAAUGAGAAACACUGAGCGAGGAAUUGGCCAGGCAGUGCACAAAUUCACCUUCAGCCAGAUCUUUGGACCAGAGAUAGGCCAGAAAGCAUUCUUUGACGCAACAAUGAAGGAAGUGGUGAAGGAUGUCCUCAAUGGGCAGAACUGGCUUGUUUAUACCUAUGGAGUCACGAAUUCAGGGAAGACUUAUACAAUCCAAGGAGAUGGUACUAACAGAGGGAUCCUGCCCCGUUCCCUAGCCAUCAUAUUCAACAGUAUUGGGACACGGUUGUACCGAGCCACAGACCUGAAACCUUUCCUAUCAAACAUAGUAAAUUGGCUGGACAGCAAACAGAGUCAUCAAGAGGAAGCCAAGAAGCAGGCUCUGAUCUAUGGUGGGACAAAGGAGGAGGUGCUCUGUAGUUCUUUGCGCAAAAGUCACAGAACAGGAUCCCAAUCACAAGCACCCACAAGUGGCAGUAUUGACAGUGGCAUUGGACUCUCCUCUGUUUGCCAGUCGACAAACCAGACAAACUGGAGCCAGCUUGAAGAGAUAGGAACUGACAAGAUUGACCCACAAGAUUAUGUUUCAUUUGUGACUCAAGAGGAUGUGCAAUUUUCUAUCUGGGUCUCCUUCUUUGAGAUCUACAAUGAGUUGAUUUAUGACUUGCUGGAGACCCCUGCAUCUGCCCCAAACCGCAAGAGGCCCCCACUGCGGCUGUGUGAGGAUCAUACUGGAAAUACAUAUGUUAAAGACCUGAACUGGGUCAAUGUGCAAAAUGCUGAAGAGGCCUGGAAACUGCUGAAAUUAGGCCGGAGAAAUCAAAGUUUUGCCAGCACCCACAUGAAUGAGAAUUCUAGCCGCAGCCACAGCAUCUUCUCCAUCCGAAUUCUACACCUUCAGGAAAGGAGCAGUAAAACGAUCUCAAAGAUCAGCGAGCUGUCACUGUGUGACCUUGCUGGCUCAGAACGCUGCAAAGAACAGAGAACAGGGGACCGUAUGAAAGAAGCCAAUAACAUCAAUACCUCCUUGCACACGCUGGGGCGAUGUCUCACAAUCUUGCGCCACAAUCAGACCAAGUCAAAGCAGAAUGUGGUGCCUUUCCGGGAUAGCAAACUAACCCGUGUAUUCCAAGGCUUUUUCACAGGACAUGGGCAGUCCUGUAUGAUUGUCAAUAUCAACCCAUGUGCUUCAUCAUAUGAUGAGACCCUCCAUGUGGCUAAGUUCUCUGCCAUUGCCAGCCAGCUUAUCCAGGUUCCUACAAAGGUGGGGCUUUUGUCUAUCCAUUCACUCGUCAAGGAACACAGCAUUCAAACUAGUAAUGCCUCUGUGUCUGUUUUGGAUGAAGAAACAGAAUCUGAUGAAGACAGCGAAGAUGAAAUAGAUGUGGCUGCAUAUGAUAAGGAGGAUCUUGUGCAUAUAGUUGAAGCUGUGCAACAGCUUCUGCUGAAGGAACGUCGGGAGAAGCUUCAGCUGGAGGUGCGUCUCCGUGAUGAAAUCUGCAAUGAGAUGAUGACACACCUACAACAGAGAGAUCAGUGGAGCAGUGACCAUAUGGAUUCCCAAAAGGAGUUGUUAGAGGAGCUUUAUGAAGACAAACUGAAUAAUCUGAAGGUGUUACUGACAGACUACUAUCUGGAGGAAAUUGAGAAUCGGGAUGACAAGAUCAAAGAGCUGGAAGUUGCCUUGCAGGAGGCAAAACAAGAAAAUUCCAAAGCAGACAAGAGACAAGAUAUGGAAGAACCUUCUCGUAGAUCCACACGAAUCACAUCUAUGCAGCACGAAUUGCAGGAGGUGAAAUAUACACUAGAGAAGUGCCAGGCAGAGCUGAGUACAUCUACCAAAGAACUGCUUAAGUAUCGAAAAAUGUUGGAGCCUCCACCUUCAGCAAGGCCCAUUGCUGCUGAUUUAGACCGGAAACUAGGAGAAGGUCAAAAGAACGUGAGGAUGCUACGUUCAGAGCUGCUGAAUCUUGGUGAGCUGUUCCAGUCAGCCGAAAGAGCAUGUUGUCACCGCACAAGUGCUGGGAAACUCCGCGAAGCCCUCAAUAAGUGUGACAGUAUCCUGGUCAAGCAGGACCAGACCUUGGCUGAACUUCAGAAUAACAUGAUACUGGUGAAGCUGGAUAUGCGGAGGAAAGCUGCCUGUAUUGCAGAGCAAUAUCAGACUGUACAGAAGCUCCAGGCUGCAGCACACGUGGCGGCACCUGCUUCUAUGAAAAAACGCUUCUCUGCAAAUAAUGAAAACUUGCAGCCCAAGAGUCAGCCUCCCAUCAAGAAGCCAUUCUUGCACAACUUCCUCACUCGGACAGUGGCUCAGCCUGCAGCGACGGAGAGCCCUUAUACUCGCAUCUUACGUGCCCGAGGAACUCCAGAGUUUAAACCAAUGCCCUUUAGCAAAAAAUACUGAAUGCUUUGAACCCAGGCCUUGUCAGGCAGGGCAGCCAAUUAGUGCCUUUACCAUCAGUGAGUUGGCUCCACAUACAGGAAAGCUUUUAAGAGUUUAAAAGAGGAUUGUGACCAAGUGCCUUAAACAGGUCGGCCUCAAGUACAAUUACCUUUGGAUCCAAUUAAUGUAUAUGAAUUAUACUAUAUUUAGUGAGAUACGGCCUGAGAGGUUUUUUUAAAACACCUUUGGCUUCCCAAAGAUGAUUACUAUGCAUGUUUUUUCUUCCAGGCCAGCUGCUAUUCCAGUGGUUAUGUAACCUAGAUUUAUGUUAUGUCUGUUUUAUUUUUGUUUUAAAAAAAUGUUACACAGCAUGCAGAACCACAUAUAUUUUUAUCUAUGUUAAACAGAUAAUAAAUGCGUUGUUUUCACUUCUGAAA